AUGGCAACAAUCGGAUGGUACGGACCUCUAAUCGAUCUCUCACAAGCCUCUUCUCACAGUGGUUAUUUCGUUCAACUUCUUGUGCUUGUUCAUAACACCCUUCCUGUACAGUAUAAAACUUCGGGAGGCGGAAAAGUAAUCAGGACAGACAUUCAAGUCGGGGACGAUACACGUCGGUAUUUCCCUGUUUCCAUAUGGCAAAAGCACAUGGAAUCCAUGUUAAAGCCCGGAAAUAUUAUUCUGCUACAGAAUGUCAAAGUGACCCAAUAUGGAGAUGUUGUUGAGGCCAGAACAGUUCAACAGUCAUCCAUACAAUGCUUGGUGGAUGGUUAUGAGGAAAUUCAUUCUAAAGGUGAAAACAACUUGAUAAAGGUUAAUCAUAUUGGAAUUGCAACAAAGGAAAAGCUUAAGAAAGUUGUUGCAUGGGUGGUGAGAGUAGAACCUAUUCCCAAUAAGCAUCUGUUGCACAACUACAAGAAUCUAACAAACUGGAAACUCCAUGAAGAGACACAACAUAAAGAUUGUUUAUCUCUAUCAGAUGUAUCCAAACUAAACGAUUCAUGCAAUGCAUCCUUUUUUGCAUCCAUUGGUGAAAUGUUUCUGCCUAUUACGGGUGAGUUUGAGGAGGAAAGAAUGUUUAUCAGAAGUAGAAUAUUCUCAUUGGGUUACAAAAACCUAACUGAAGAUCUCAUUUGUACUGGAUUACUAAAAUUCAUUCCAUAUUUUGUAAAGGCAGAUCAAGAAUUGAACAAGAAACUGUUCCACUCUAUUGCCAGAAAAAGCUCUAAUCGUCUCCAUGUUGUAAGCUUGAUUUACAGACCUUUUUUGUUAUAUGUGUGGGAUGAGUCAGCAUAUAUUCCUGUUGUGGUUAAAAACAAGGCUGCUGAAAUCUUGGUUGGAAACAUCAAAGCAGAGAGUGUUCACUCCACCUACCAAAAGCAAAAGCAAGGAUGUGGUCAAAGGGCAAAUAAGUCCAUGGAAGAACAAUGUGGACAAGGCGAAUGA